GGAUACCCAAAGAGCUCUCUCUCUCUCUCUCACACACACCCACACACACACACACAAUAAAUAUAUCGACUCUAAAUAGUUACCCAUUUAGCCACGUUUUGGAUGUGAAAAUCGAUCUCCACUGGCCAGCCAGCCACAACUCUCUCUAUCACAAAUCAAAGAAUAAUAAAUAUAUAAAUAAAUAAAUACACACACAGAUUUAUAUAUAAUCUCUUGCAAUUCUACCAAGGACUGAAUUUUACUAAACAAGAAAAAGAAAAGGAGAAGAAAAGAAGAGGGCCUUCAGCCCUCUGCUUCCCUAUCUAUGCCUCUUCUCAGAUCUUGAUUUCAACCCUUUUUUCAUCUGGGCUUCCACUCUUCCGUGGGUUUUGGAUUGCGGCUGUUUUCGGUUUUCGAUCUGUUGAACACAACAGAUUGCCUAUUUUUUUAAAUCUGAGUAGGUUUGUUGCUUUAAGGUAAUUUGCUAUAAUGGAAAUGGAGCUUGGGAAGCUAUUCAUUGGUGGGAUUUCAUGGGACACCAGCGAGGAGCGAUUGAGGGAGUAUUUUCAGACUUUUGGUGAAGUAGUCGAAGCGGUGAUCAUGAAGGAUCGCACCACUGGCCGCGCUCGCGGAUUUGGUUUCAUUGUUUUUGCUGAUGCUUCUGUUGCUGAGAAAGUUGUCAAGGAAAGGCACGUCAUAGACGGGAGAACUGUGGAGGCAAAGAAGGCUGUUCCGAGAGAUGAUCAUCAAAACUUCAACAGAAACAAUGCUAGCAUCCAUGGCAGCAUCCAAGGCAGCAUCCAAGGGUCCCCUGGCCCUGUUCGUACAAAAAAGAUUUUCGUAGGAGGUUUAGCAUCCUCAGUCACAGAAAAUGACUUCAAGAGGUACUUUGAUCAAUUUGGUACGAUAACAGAUGUUGUCGUGAUGUAUGACCACAAUACUCAAAGACCUAGAGGAUUCGGGUUUAUCACUUAUGAUUUGGAGGAAGCAGUGGAUAAAGUCCUUUUCAAAACUUUUCAUGAACUCAAUGGAAAGAUGGUCGAGGUUAAGCGUGCUGUUCCAAAGGAGUUAUCUCCUGGACCAACGCGGAACCAACCGAGUGGCUAUAACUACGGGCUGAACAGAGUGAGCAGUUUCCUUAAUGCUUACAGUCCAGGACACAAUUCUAGCUCUCCAAGUGGCUAUGGAAUGAGAAUGGAAGGUCGAUUCAGUCCUGUGGCGGUAGGUCGGAGUGGAUAUCCCCCCUACAACACGGCUAAUUUCAGCAUGGGUGUGAACUCAGACUCUGGAUUCGGUUUAAAUGGAAUGGCAAGUGCUGAUUCUGGCUUUGGCUAUGGGCGUGGGAUGAACUCUUAUUAUAGUGGAAACAUAGAUCGUUUUGGUAGUCCCAUUCACUAUGAUGGGGGUGUUGCUGGAAAUGGCCCUAUGUUGAAUACCAAUGGUCGAAAUUUAUGGGGCAACGGGAAUCUCAACUAUGCUUCAAGCUCAAUGACGUCAAAUGCAUUUAUUGGCUCGGGAACUGGAAAUGUCAGUGGUCUUGGAAGUAUUAGGGAAAUCUGGGGCACCACUCCUACUUCAUCCCAAGGUGGAGGAAAUGCCUCCUUCAGCACUGAGAAUUUCGGCUAUGGAAUCCGAGAAAUGAAUAUUGGUGGUAGGGCAGGUUAUGGUAGAAACAAUGGUAGCACUGUUGGCUCAACGUCUUCUUAUUCAGCCCCAAACAACAUCCGUGAUGGAGGUUUGGGAAACAUGUAUGACAGAGAGUCCUUUUACGCUGGUCAUGCUUGGCAACCACCUUCUCCCGGGCAUGAUGGUUCCGACCCUUUUGGUUAUGAGCUUGGUGGCGCUACAGAUGCAGCACCAAACAAUUCUGUUGGUUACGUUGGAGGUUAUAGCGUUAAUGCUAGGUCUAAUAGAGGGAUUGCAGCCUAGGACAUAUUACGGUAUGGAUACAUAAAGAUUGUAGAGGCCAUAUAUACAAGUGGAACAAAAAGAGAGGAUCAUUGAGCCUAGAAUGACAUUGUUCUAGACAAGUGAACAAGGAGAUUUUUAUGUAAGGUUUGAACUCGAGCUUUCGAAUAUAGGGUUUUUCUGUUUUUGGUAAUUUGUUUGAGAAUGUGCAAUGGAGUUGCAGAAUAUACUCAAGAAAAAAGAAAGUAUACUGUGAUUGAGCUGAGAAGCCUCCAUUCUUUUGUGUAGACUUUUUCUAUCAUUUUUGUGCUGUAAGUCUCUUCUACAACACUUCGAUUCGCUUGGCUAAGCCGUUACUAAUAUAACGUUCUCUUCUUCCCCGGA